AUGACUUACUCUCACCUGACAUCACUCCGGCCUUCAAAGCAUACACCUCCCUGGAACCAUGUGUGGGCGCAUGUGCGCGCAUUUUAUUCAUUUAUUUUUGUUGCUGUUGUUGAUUUUGCUGGGGCAUUAACAACAUUCCACACAUUUGUUUUGAAGCUACAGAGCGCUCGCUCUGCAGUCGAGCUCAAAGCCUGUGUUAGCAGGGAGGAAUGGGGUGGGUUCUCUCCCUCACAAGGCUUUGGGGGUUCAUCGUCGCCGGCCUCCUGCUCGCCUGGCCGUUCAACUACAAAUCCAGCUUCCUACCGCCCUCCGCCACCGUCGUCGACGGCGGCGGCGGGGACCAUUUCCCAACUCGACCACAUAUAUUCAUUUCUUCUGCAGGCGCUUCAUCCGCUUCUGAUGGUGAUCGGCUUCAUCCUUCUCAACGGAGAAGCAAUUCUGGUCCUCCGGCGGCCUGCGGGGCAGUCUCCGGAGAGUCGGAAGGCGGUGCAGCUUUCGCUUCAAGCGGUGGGGCUGGGCUUCGGGCUCUUCGGUAUCUGGGCGAAGUUUAGCGGCAAAGACGGAAUCUCCUCCAACUUCUUCAGUCUACACUCCUGGAUUGGCCUGGCCUGCGUCGCCCUUUUCGCCUCCCAGUGGGCGAUGGGGUUCAUCAGCAUGUGGCACAAGCCCCAGGAGCGAUCGACUCGCUCGACCAUACUUCCUUGGCAUACAUUCGUAGGUCUUUACACAUUCGGGCUAGCCGUCGCGGCAGCAGAGACUGGCCUUCAAGAGAAGCUAACAUUCUUGCUCGAUCGCCGAGGCCUCGCCCGUAAUUCUCGAGAGGCUUUCCUUAUCAAUUCCCUUGGGCUCGCCCUCGCCCUUCUAGCUCUAGUUGUUGUCCUCGCUGCCAUCUCUCCAAGACACCAAGUCGGUCAAGUAACUAAAUUUGUCAACUUUAAAGAUGACAUGAACAGAAAAUUUCAUGUUUGAUUUAUUCUAGUAAGAUUUACAUACACACCACUCAAUUCCUAUGAGUUUACAUAUCCAGCAUCUAAACUUCAAUUUUUACGUGCAUGCCAUCUUGCCUAUGAAUAAAU